GCUCCUCCUCUCAACAGGUACUACUAUCUCUGCUUGCAACAUGAAACUGGAUUUUACACCGAUUGCUCAACUAGAGUCCGUGACUGAGAACGAAAUUUGGAAAAUUAAAGCACGAGUUGCCCGUUUUUGGCGAUUCCACAAUAACGAUAAGCCUGGAGAUUCUGGUGGACUCGAUUUACUCCUUGUGGAUGAUAAGGGAGACCGUAUACAAGCAUGUAUCAGAGGAAAAUUAAUUCAAAAGUUCGAAAAAGAUCUCCAAGAAGGAGAAUGUUGUAUACUGAUGAAUUUUAAGUUGUCUCCUAAUCUUGGGAGUUACAGGGCAACUGGACAUUCUUUCAAAAUCUUUUUCACUUGGUCAACAAUUGUGAAGCCUUGUGAGGAAAUCCCAAACCACUCACUUCGUUUCAGUUUCAUCCCUUUUGAUAAGCUUCAGAGACAUGACGAAAACGUGUUCCUUGAUGUAAUUGGUGAAAUCGUUGGAAUGAAAGAUCUUAAGGAAAUUACUGUUCGCAAUGCUCCAUGUAAACUGCUGAAUCUUCAACUCAAGAGCCUUGAUGAUUCAAUAAUUGAUUGUGUAUUUUGGGAAAAAUUUGCUGAAGACAUACAUUCCUAUGUUCAAUCCUUUUCUGGUGGACCUAUUGUUAUGCUUUGUAGUCUCAUGAGGAUUAAUGUUUAUAAUGGAAAAUUCACAAUCCAAAGUGCAAAAUCGUCAACAAAGCUCUUCAUUAAUUCUGACAUUGCUGAGAUAAACGAAUUCAAAGAAAGGAUGCCUAAAGAUGUCGUCUCUGCCACAUCCAGUGGUUGCUCUAUUUUGACUUUGUCAAACUCUAAAGAAGUUUCCUCGCAUCACUUUUCAUUAGAUUCUCGCAAAACUAUUGCUGAGCUACUUACAUCACAUGAGGAAAUGACGUGUUCUAUAUAUGCAACAAUAUGUGCACUUAAAACUGAGAUUCCUUGGUUCUACAUCGGUUGUCCAACAUGUUUAAGAAAAGUAAACCAAUAUUUGAAUCCAGAUACUGAAGAAAUAGAGGCUGAUAAAUUUUCAUGUGACCUCUGCCAAAAAGUUGUUGAUUCCACUGUCACAAGGUACCAGGUUCAUGUUAAAGUAGUCGAUGAUACAGGAACCAUUUCUUUUCUUAUGUUUGACAAGGAGGUCAUUCAACUGAUUCACAAAUCUGCGUAUGAGUUGCUAGAGCAACAAGUUCAGUUCAACCGUGGGACUCAAUUUCCUCCUGAACUCCUAGCUUUAGAUGGUCGCCAGUUUGUCUUCACGGUUUUCAAACCUUCGACAACAAAAAAUUAUAGACCGGCCACUUAUAAAGUUGUUAAAAUCACGGAUGACCCCGCGAAACUUUUGAUGUUUUGUGGUGCCAAUAACAACACGGCUAAUCCUCCUGCUAUUGAUUCUCAAUUCUCAAACUCCACAGAAGUCACUAGCAACAUGGUAUGGCCUUCUUCUACUUUAGUCUUGAUGGUUGUGUUUCCCGUCACUUUAGCAAUCUAUGUUCUGUUUUUGUCAGAUGGAUGAUGCCUCUUUCGAAGCGUCUAACAACGAGUCGAUGUGUGGUUCGACGGAAAGUCCACUUACU